AAAAUGAAUAAAUCAGAACAUAGGGAACACCGAAUUUCAAUUAACGACCAUAUUUCGGAAGAAACAACUUCAAGUGAUGAAGAAACAGCUUUAAGUGAUAAUGAAAUAUCGCAAGUCGAUCUUCAAAAUCCACACAAUAGAAAAAAAAUAGAAUAUGUUGUUUGUUCACCAAACAAGAAGUAUGUUGCAUCUGCGAGUUUGGAAGAUAGUUCGGUUCGCGUGUGGACAAUCACGGAAGACGUAAAAACCACGGAAGAAAAUCCAAAACCCGAAUUAAAGUUGGUUUGUUCUUUUGAAUUUAAAGACAUAGAUUUGAAGAAACCAAUUAGAAUCUCGAAUUCCAUGAAUCUUCUUAUAGGAAAUUGCAUUAAACAUUCGUUAUCUCUCGAAAUCAGAGAUAUAAUAAACAAGAAUAAGAUGAUAUUAAACGCACAAGAAAUCGGGGGAAAGGGAAUAUCAAAAGUACCAAAUAUCAACGAUAAAGAUACCAAGAUAAUUGGAAUAUUCAAUGCACAAAAAUAUUUAAAAGGAAGAAUUGAUUGCACUGAAUUUCUUGGAAAUGGAGAUUUGGUAGUUAUCGAGGGAGAUCCCGCUUAUCAGGCCCACAUUAUUUCUGAAAAAAAAAAAUCGGUGGCACUGCACGGAUAUCAUCAAACUCAUAUACCUUUUGUGAUCAUGCAAUGGAAUUUGUUAACACGAAAGUUUGAAGCACAAUACGAAUUAGAUUGGAGUUUGGCAUCUUGGAAAUCGAUUAGUAUGAAAUUAAACUGUAAUGCUGAACAUUUAGCAGUAGCCGGAAAUCUGAACGAAACAUCAAAAUCAAAAGUUUAUUUUUAUUCAACAAAAUCUCGAAAAAUGAUAAAAGAUGUAUCGUUUAUGGAAAAGUUCGGCGAUAUUUCUGAUUCAUCAGAUGAAACCAACAUCCAUAUGAAUUUUAUUACAUUAAAGAGUGUGGAAUUUUUGUUCGUCUAUUUUCAAGUGGAAAGAUUCUACGUUAUUGAUCUAAGCUUUUUUCUGAAAUCAACAAUUAAAUUAAAGCAUGAUUUGUCGGUCGGAAACACCAUCAUUAUUUCCAAUCGUUCACAAACUCCCGGUUAUAUCAUAAGAUCUGAUGAUCAAAUGGAAAUUGAAAGUUUAUCUCUAAAUACAGAAAGUCCAAAUAGCAAAGAUGAAGAUGAUAAUGUAGAUGAAAUAAAAGAAAUAAUAAUGAAUACCUAUGGAACGUAUAAAGAAGUCCCAGAAAUUGGUCAAUAUAAAAAACCAAAGUACUAUGAAGGUCAGCAAUACACCUGGAUUGUUGAAUAUUAUGAAGUGUCUGUUGAUAAACUUGCCAAAUAUCUUAAGAAAAUAGAAAAUGAGGGAUGUGAUGAAGCCUUACGGCAACUUUUACCUACUAUUGAAAAAGUUGUCGAACGCGAAAAAAGUGAUGAGAAAAAAUUUGCUGGUAUUUAUAAAAAAUUGGAUGAAUUAAUGAAAUCAAUUAAACAAGGACAAAAGUAA